AUCUAAGCGGCUUGCCUGACUGGUUUCUCACAGUUCUUUGCUCGGAGCUGACGAGCUGUUGAAUCGAGGCCGACUACACGCUUACAAGUCAAACAAAUUAAUUAAGAAGCACAGAAGAUGGUGCAUGCCAAUCUCAGGGACUGCAAGGCCUGGCAGGAUAUUGGGCUGCCCCUUUCCACGACCAGCAAUGUGGCUUGCAAAAUGUAUGAUGCUUUUCUGACACAGUGGGUGUCUUGGACUAAUGACCCGAGUCUCGGAGGAAUUGAGGGUUGUAAAACUCAGUUGCAAGCUGCAGAUCCAGAUUUUGUAAUGGGGCAAGUGCUAAUAAAUGGAAUAGAACUGAUUGGUACAGGGAACUCUAUUCGGCUGGAUAAAGAUCUGGAUACUGCAGUCAAGAAGAUGGUUGGACUUGCAAAGACACAAGGGAUCACUGAACGGGAACGUCUUCAUGUAGAAGCAUUGGAUCUGUUUUCAAAAGGGGAUUUUCCAAAGGCGUGUAAGCUGUGGGAAGAUAUCUUGUUGUAUCAGCCAACUGAUAUCUUGGCAUUGAAGCUGGCUCAUGAUACUUACUUUUAUAUGGGUUUGGCACAACAGUUAAGAGACUGUCUUGCACGGGCUGUUGCUCAUUGGACACCACAAAUGCCGCUUUAUGGUUACUUGAAAGGGAUGUACUCUUUUGGGCUGGUGGAGACAAACUUUUACGACCUGGCAGAGAAAACUGCCAUGGAGGGCUUGGCUCUGAACCCACACGAUGCCUGGUCUGCACAUUCCUUGGCACAUGUGUAUGAGAUGCGUGCAGAUGUAAACAAUGGACUAAAGUUUAUGAAAGAGACAGAAAACAACUGGAAGGAUUCUGAUAUGCUCGCCUGUCAUAAUUACUGGCACUGGGCACUAUACCAUAUUGAAAAGGGUGAUUAUUACACAGCACUCUCAAUUUACGAUACUCAUGUUUCCAAGAGCUGUUUUGAAAGUGGAUCAAUGCUGGAUAUCGUGGACACAAGUUCCAUGUUGUAUCGACUCCAAAUGGAAGGUGUUAAUGUUGACAAUCAAUGGAAGAAACUUGCCACGGUCACCAAGAAUCACGCCAAAGACCAGAUUCUUAUCUUCAAUGAUGUCCAUAUACUGAUGUCACUGUUUGGAGCUAAAGAGAUUGACACUGCAAAUGAGGUCAUCACAUCACUGCAAGAACUCUCCAAAACUCCUGGUGAAAACUAUCAGUACCAAAUCUGUAAAGAUUUGGGACUUCCUAUCUGUCAGGCAAUAGCAGAGUUUGCAAAUGGAAAUUACAGUCGCAGUGUGGAUCUGUUAAAUCCAGUCCGUUAUCGGAUUCAGAACAUUGGAGGCAGUAAUGCACAGAGGGAUGUCUUUAACCAGUUAUUGAUCCAUGCUGCUUUAAAAUCAGACAGCAGAGCUCACCAUAAACUAGCCAGAUGCCUCCUCAUGGAGAGAGAUGCUUUUAGACCAAACUCUCCAAUGACUGAAAGGCUGAUUCGCAAAGCCACAGCACUGCAUAAUGUGGAUUAAAAGAAGCCUAAGGCACAUUCAAUACAAAUGGGAUAAUUACUUUAACUUGGUUUAAUAGUCAUCUGCUAAUGAUUUAUAGGGAUUAUAAUCAAGGGAUGGAGUGAUUAGAACGGGGAGGAAAAAAGCAGGAGUGUAUUAGGGAAAAACAAUGGGAAGGAGCCUGGACAGAAUACGGAUGAAAGAAACAAAGAAAUUCUGUGAGGAACAGUGGUAAAACAAUCCCUUUAUGGAUUUUAAAAAAUGAAUUACCAUUAGAUUACUAAUUGCAUAUUCUUAAAUAAUGUUAUAGAUUCAGGAUGAAAACUCUGUACUUUUGCGAUCUUUGUGUAGUGUAAAAUAUGACAGAUUGACUCAAGCCUGUGAUUCAUUCCUUGGGUUUUAUGCUUUCAAUGUAUUUCUGUGCCUGUAGUUGCUCAACAACUAGGUCCUGUUCCAAAUAAUAAAAUUCCAGUUCAGCA